AAUCUCUCACUCUCUCUCCCACGUUCAUGAAAACUUUUUUCAGCAUUACCAUUUUUGUCAUUGACACCAGGGCACAUUUUUUGGUAACAUUUUUAGGUUUUCGUUUGUCAUAACGACUAUAACGUAGUCUUCGGUUCGGAUUCGUAGAGGGUUGGGCUAUGAGUCCCCGUUAUUAAACUUCUCGGGACAGUUUGUUACUCCUGGUGAGAGCAAUGGAGCGGGAACGGAGGCGAGUCGGGACUCUCCUCGCACCCUUUUGACAUCCUUACCGGGAAUUUGGCUUCUCCAUCAGGAAGUAUGUGUGAGGGCUGACAGACUGGGUCCAGCCAUGGAGUCAGAGCUGAACUGCAGCUCUCACUGUGACUCCAGACUUUGCCUCAUCCACCCGGGAGUCAAUACACAGGAGGGCCUGGAGAUACUACAGAGACUGUGUUCCCUCGGCACGAUGGAAGCGGAGCUGCAGAGGCGAUCUCUCUCCCCAGUGCUCCGUGCCGUGGUCUGGACUCUACUCUCCUGUGGCAUCCUGCUGGCAUUUUGCUUCCUGCUCUUCACCCUGCGCUUCAAGAACAACAGGAUAGUGAAGAUGUCCAGUCCUAAUCUCAACGUGCUGACUCUUUGUGGGAGUGUCCUCGCCUACUGCAGUGGCUUCCUAUUCGCUGUUGAUGAACGCAUCUACCAGCAAGUAGGAGGACCUAGAGCCAUACUACAGGCCAGGAUCUGGACAUUGUGUAUCGGCAGCACUCUGGUAUUUGGGCCCAUCUUGGGAAAAACAUGGCGGCUUUACAGAGUAUUCACCCAACGCGUGCCUGACAAGAGAGUGAUCAUCAGAGACAUCCAGUUGAUGGGCUUAGUAGCUCUGUUGAUUCUGGUGGACCUGCUGGUUCUGACUGCCUGGAGUCUAACCGACCCGGUCAAAUGUGCACGCUCCAUUGGAGCUGUGGUCAAGGUGAUGGAGAGGGAUGUCUCCUACUCUCUGACUCAGCUGGACUCCUGUUCCUCUCUGUACUCAGACCUCUGGGUUAUCCUCCUAGCUGUGAUAAAGGGUAACCUGCUUCUGUAUGGAACCUACCUGGCCGGUCUGACCAGUAACGUCAGCCUCCCUCCAGUCAACCAGUCCCCCACCAUCAUGACCGCGGUAAGCCUGAUCACCCUGUCCACGGCGGUUGCGUUCCCGGUGUGGUGGUUCCUGCCGGCCUGGCCUAACGUGGUCUACGGCGUGGUGGCUGGAGCCAUCUUCGUCUGCACCCUCAGCACCAACUGCAUGCUGUUUGUACCUCAGUUGACUCAGUGGCGUCAUUUUGAGGAGGAGCACACCAGCCCUGGUCAGAUGGCAAAGUACUUCAGUAGCCCCAGUAAGAGUGUCCACUCUGUCUACAGCCAGGAUGAGAUUUACUACCUGCUGGGUGAGAACACCUCCAUGAAGAGGCUCCUCAAUGAGAAGAAUGCUGUGAUCGACAGUCUGCAGGAACAGGUGAACAACGCCAAAGACAAGCUGCUGCGCCUCAUGUCCAACAGCCACCCUCAGGAGGACCAGGAACUGGACUCUUCCACCACCAACCUCCAGUCCUCCUCCACUCAGACCACAGAACUGCAUUCAGACUGCCCUCCCACUCCCCUGCCACAGAGGGACAUAGCAGGGCCUGCCCUCUCCUCUCCACCCCGCUGUCCACUUCCUCUGCCUGCCCCUCCCGCGCAUUCAGGGAGGAGCACAUCUCCCUCUGCUCCUCCCUCUACUCCUCUUGCCCUCUGCCUUUCCUCUGGGGAUGGUGUGAGUGUCAAGCCCUGGAAUGGCGAGUUUGAUUCCGACACCCAGGUUGCGGAGAUGGAGAAAGGGGGUUGUAGAGUUGAGGGGACUAGGUCCCCGCAGAAAGGAUCUAACGUCCUGGUCUCCCCUCAGCCCUCUGCUUCCUCUGGGAUAGGAGUCAGGACACCAGGAGAGAAGGCUGGGACUCCAGCCACACCCCACUGUCAGUCUAACUGUGUCAGCCCCUUCGCCCAUCCCUGCCCUGUGGAUUUGGUAUCUGCUGAUUCAGGAACCUCGGGUUGCCAUAGCGAUCCCCCAUCCCUGUCGGCAUCGGUGGCCAGGCAGCCAGGGUUUGUGAGCAGUGCCGAGCUGCAGGAGAUCCUGCAGGAACUGAGUGUGGAUGCUGUCAUGGAAACAGCUCUCCGGUCACCCAAUCACAACGGGAGGACCAAGAGACCCUCUCAGGCCUCCUUGGCAGAACCCCUGGUUGUCUCUCCCCUCUCCCUCCGCAGUCCUCGCUCCCCCAAUCCCCCUUUCCUAUUCCGCUACCCCAGUAUUUCCCCCUACGUAAUGAGGAAACGCAGACCUCCAUUCCAUGUGCCCAGAGGGGGGCCUCUGCCCUGUUUCCUCCCAGGCUCAGAGCCUCCUUGCUGGGGAAAGAGGAGGGACACAGGGCCCCCGCAACCACACAAGAACACUUCAAAAACACAAACUCAGGUUAGCCCCGAACCCACAGAGACCAGCCCCCUCCGCCUCGACCACAGCUGCACAGCGGCGGAUGAGUCCGGGCAUAAAAAACAGGUGACAAACAGAUGCAGGAGGCGUGGCACGAGGCGGGAGAGCCGGCCACCGCCACCACCCAAAAAGCGCUCCUCCUCCGGACGCGCGAGCUCUCCGCGUGGGGCGGAGGAUGGAGAGGGAGCGCCAGGGCGAGACUGUGGCCAGGACUCCAAUGCUUACUGGGAGUCGGACUCCAGCAGCUCGGCUGACCUCUGCUACUACCACCAUCCUUACUGUGACACGUGCCUGCAGCACGCCUCCCACCCCUCCAGCGACACCUCCUCGUCGGACUCCUCGGACAGUGAGUACGGCGGUUUCGUCGGUCUCUGCCGCUCCACACACCACCCCGAGGUCAACUUCAAGGAGGACCUCAAACCCACUUUUGUGUGAGCCUGUCUGAGGCCUGGACCCAGUGGGUACUGCAGAAGAAUCACUGAAGUCGCACUGUGUUGUUAUUUAAAGAGCCAGUUCCCGGCAGGUGGAUUUACUUUGCACAUUGUGUAAAAACUACUGAGAAGUCAUUUAUUCAGCAUGAACUGAUGUAAAUGCUUGAUUACCUUGGCUUUCACCCAUCCAACAUAGCUGUUCUUAGAAGGCAAAGCAUAUGACUUUGUGUUCAAUGGUAAUGUACUGUAUCUGUUUUUAAGUGCGGAGAGCACCAUAGCAACACAUUACACUGAUGAUAAUGCUUUAAUUUGUGGGACCAAGUUUAGGUGUGUUCUAUCCUUGGGAUCUCUUUUUAAUUUAUUGUCUUUAACUUAUUGCUCCAACUGACAAUGUCCUUAGAUCAUGUUAUAGGAAAUGUAUAUUUGUAGCUUAAUAAGAUCUAAUAGAUUUUUGCAUGUUACCAGAAAGCACUGGAUUUUUUAUCUGUUAUCAUAUGCAGAAGGUCAAGAAUACUGUUGUUACCAUUUUGUCUGUGUUGUAAUGAUUUAUG